AUGCCUUCAAGUGAUAGUGAGGACUUUGAGAGUGCUGAUGAAGGUAGAAAUAGUCCGCAUAAGAAAGAGAGAAAGAAGCGACUGUCUUCAUCAAACUACAGUGAUAAUUUAGAAUCAGAAGUGGAUCACAGUUCAACCCAAAAUGCAACAUUUUCCCGAUCGAAAAAUGUACAGGGCAAGUCGGCAGAUGGCUGGGAUGAUUUUGACAUAGAUGAACUGGAGACAGAAAGCUCAAAGGAUGUAAAGGAAACAACAUCACAUUUAUCUAAAACAGAAUUGAGUACAAUUUCUUCCGGGUCACACACAGUGAAGGAAAAUAUUUCUAAUAAAAAGGAAACAGCUGAAAAAUCACAAGACACAGGAUGGAAUGACUUUGAUGAUUGGGGAGACAGUGUUAUAACAAAUAAUGUGAAAGAGGACCAAUUUUCUAAAUCACAACAAAGUAAAAAUAUGCAGCAACAGGAUCCAAAUAUUAAAAAUGUUACCGAACGACUUGCGGCAGCCUCAACUAAAAGUGAUGCUUGGGGUUGGGGCUGGGGUGUGGACUCUAUCUUGAGCACUGCCACUGCUGGUAUAACCACACUGACUAAUCAAGUUUCACAGGGUAUUUCCACUGUGCUAGAAACAGGCAUUGGUGCUCCAGAUCCCGAAGAGUUAGCUAGAAAAUCAGCAAAAGCUAGUGAAAAUAUACAGCAAAGACAGGAGAACCCCUCAAAAGAAUCUGGUAAUGAGAAAGAACCAUCUAAAGACUCUAGAAGUGGGAGUGAAGGACAGUUUCAAUUUGGCAGUCUCAUUUCAGGAGUUACAAAAUUUGUUGAAACAACAGGAACUAAAGUGUUAGCGGGUGGGUUGGAUACACUGGAGACCAUUGGUAAAAAAACAAUGGAGGUGCUACAAGACGGUGACCCGGGUUUGGCUAAAAAGCGUGCCAUGCUCGGCCUGGAUCCAGCCGACAAGCCGGUAUUGUCACAGGUCCUACGGGAGGCAAAAGCGAAAGCGGAUGAGGAGGACAGAAUCAGAGAACAGAAGAGAGAGGCAAAGGAGGUCCACUAUGAAACUCUAUUUGAUGAUUUUGAAGGUCUGGUGCACCUAGAGGCGUUGGAGAUGCUCUCGAAACAGGUCAGCAUGAGAAUAGAAGAGCGCAUACGUUCAGCUGAUAUUAGUAAGCGGCAAGACAUCAAAGAGACAUUGCAGCAAGUGGCUGAGCUAUGCGAGAUGCCAGAAGACGAAGAUGAGGACAUAGAAGAAGAGCAAAGUGAUCUCUCCGGGGCUGAGGCGUUGCAUGAGCGUCUUCUCAACUCCACUCGCGACAUCGGCCUUAAGAUGCAAUACCAGCCUCUAGUCAAGCACUACGAGGAGACGCUGGCGUGGCUGAAGGGCGAGGGUGUGGCAAGUGGUGGUGGUUCGCGCGCGGUGUACAAGCGGGCGGUCUCCGCUCUGGCGCGUGCCACGGCCGUCUCGGUGGAGUUCUACCACAAGACUGCCGAGCAGCUGCUGGUCAAGGCGAGGCGCUCCACCGCCGACGAGGCCGAUGCGCUAACCCAGAUGACUGUGGUGUUGACGAGGCACGUCAGUGAUCUCGCCACACACUUCACGCAAAGGCUUCACUCCAUCACCGGGGAGGAUCAGGAACGGAUCAACGGUUACAUCACCAACAUUUUCCUCGAGGCUGAGAACAGUUCCAAGUAUAUACAGAACGCAUUCCAGUUGACCCUGCCCAUCAUACAAAUUGGCGCUGUG